UGCACAACACGGAAAUGAGAAUUUAAAAACACUAAUCCUGCAGAAGCUUCAUUGGUCGUCGUUUCUGUUGAAAAUGACUGCUGAUCGCGGUCAGUGAGAAUCAUACUGCAGGCUGGACAUCUGCCGGUGUUUGUGUCCUCUUAUGAGUGUGAUGAGUCCUGUUGAUGACAGUUAUUGAUCUUCAUCAUGAAGCUGAGCUCAUCACUGUUUGCUUUACUGUGUCUCGUGUGUGAGAUUGUGUCCAUCGCUCUUUUCCUGCGAGGAUUCUUCCCUGUUCCUGUCAAAUCAUCCCUUUCAGCCCAGAGCACAGAGAGUCAUGUUCCUGCAGAGCCACAGACGGGUAGUGAGCCAAACACCAGCAAAGUUCCCGAGCCUUUGUUCAAGCGGGUGGUGAUCGUCCUGAUCGACGCUCUCAGAGAGGACUUUGUGUUCGGCUCUGAUGGCCGCAGGUUCAUGCCCUACACCAGUCAUGUGGUGGAGAGAGGCUCUUCUCACAGCUUCAUCGCCAAAGCCAGACCGCCCACUGUCACCAUGCCCAGAAUUAAGGCUCUGACCACCGGCAGCAUCCCGGGCUUCAUAGACGUGGUGAUGAACCUGAACUCUCCAGCUCUGCUGGAGGACAAUCUCAUCUGGCAGGCCAAGAGCGCUGGCAAACGGAUCAUCUUCUACGGCGACGACACCUGGGUUCGACUCUUCCCCAAACACUUCUUGGAGCAUGACGGCACUACCUCAUUUUUUGUGUCCGACUACACAGAGGUGGACAAUAAUGUGACCCGUCAUCUGGACGGCACUCUGAAGCGAGAUGACUGGGAUAUUCUGAUUCUGCAUUAUCUGGGUCUAGACCACAUCGGGCAUAUCAGCGGACCCCACAGCUCUCUGAUAGGACCCAAACUCAUGGAGAUGGACGACAUCAUCAAGAAGAUACAUGCCUCGCUCAUAUCAAAGGAAUCUGAAGGGACGUUGCCCAACUUACUGGUUCUGUGUGGAGAUCACGGCAUGUCUGAAACCGGCAGCCACGGCGGGUCUUCGGAACCGGAAAUCAACACGCCCCUCGUGCUCAUCAGCCCCGCCUUCAGGAGGAAAGUGGGAUUUGAGAAGCCAGGCGUCCUGGAGCAGGUGGAUCUGACCCCCACCCUUGCACUCGGUCUGGGGUUACCCAUCUCCAAGAACAGCGUGGGCCAUUUGAUUCCAGCAGUGUUUGAGGAGUUAUCACUCAGAGAACAGCUGCGCCUCCUCCAGAUCAAUGGACACCAGCUCAGCCGCCUCCUACAGGACAGCAAUCCCACCUUCCACAAGGAGGCCGGUUACGAGCAGUUUCGGGUGGCGGAGAAAUCUCACGGAAGCUGGUUGAAGCUCUAUUUGGAUGGAAACACGUCAGAGGUUCUGAGUAACAUGGGCAAGAAGGUUCUCAAACAGUAUCUGGAGGCUCUGAAGGCCAUGAGUUCAGCUCUGAGCAAACAGCUGGGCAAAUACGACAUGUACUCCAUGAUCAUGGGCAUGAUCUUCAUACUGCAGGUGCUGUUUUGUCUGAUGUUGGCCAUGCCAGAGGCUUUGAGCAGGGAGGCCGUUGUGGAUGUCCCACUGGCGUCGUCUCUGCUCUCUUUGCCCUUUUACCUGUUGUGUCUUUUUGGCUCGGCUCUUCACGUACUGGUCUGCACCUCCACUGGGGGCACAUGCUACCUCUGCUCUCUCCCUUGGGUCCUAGUGUUCACCGUCAUCCUCUUGUCCUCCGCCUUCACAUGUGCUCUGGUUAGCAUGGCAGCGAGGAGGAUGCCGGCCAGCAACAAGACCCCUGCUAAGGGCUCUGACUGGACUCUGUCGGAGUUGGACGCUCUGUUGCUGAUCGGUACGGUGGGUCACACCUUGAGUUUGGGUUCCAGCAGCUUCAUAGAGGAGGAGCACCAGACCUGGUACUUCCUGCUCAACACGCUGUGCCUGGCCAUCUUCCAGGACGUCUGCAGGAAGUACUUCAGGGAACAGAGGCAUCGAGGUGAGGAACGGGACGAGGGGCCUUUGCUUCCCUCCAGCACGGAAGAAGGACCAUCAUUCUCCCCGGCGGUGGAGCUGGGAAUGAGUUCGGGCUCAGAGAAGUGGCUGGCGCUGGCGACCCCACUGCUGACCUUGACCUGCUGCCGCCUGCUGAGGUCACUGAAUCAGACCGGGGUGCAGUGGGCGCACCUGCCCGACUUUGGACACUGGCUCAACAGGUGAGAACACAGAGACAUCAUGUUCGCAUUUGAGUCCUUA